CGAGGCCAGCCUCCCGUCAGUUGCAGCGGGGACCGUGCCGUAGCCUCUCCUCUGGGCGGUUCCAAGCCUCAAAGAGACGUUUAGGAAGAAAGCCCACUAACAAAACUAUCGGCGCAGUCUCAAACAUGGCGCCCGCCUCCGCCGACAACUUCAGAUGAAAAGUGUGGCCAGCAAAGUUUCAAAGGAGUAUUCCGACGUGCAUUUCUUUUGUGUUGUUUUACCGCCCGCCGUCCCGUUUUGACCCCUUUGCAGCGAUAGAAAUACGGAAUCUAUCAAGCGGCUCCAAACAGCAAGUUGCCUCCAUGUCAACAUUGUCUCUCGCUGCAGUGUAAACAGCUGUUAAAGACCAAUCAGACCUGUAACCAAGACGGCUCUCUGAAUGUGCCUUGUCUGCACCUGUGUGACCCCUAAACCCAGGACACAGAGUUGUGUCCGGUGCCUCCGUUGGUGCUGUGGAUGUGUGUUGGGGUGAACACAAAUGCCAUUGACUGCAUCUCUGAGGUGCUCGCAUAUCUACGCCUCAGCAUUUGACUGUUUGCCAGCCAGCAGCAGUCGAACCCUGAAGGGCAACAGAGUUCUCCCCGGCUCCAGCUUCCUAUCACCGUUUUCGGUACUCCCAGCCAUGAUCGAGGACAAGGGUCACCGGGUGACCGACUACUUUGUAGUGGCCGGGCUGACGGACAAAUCCACCCCCCUGGAGCAGGACCUGUCGGAGACCAAGUCCAGUGGGCCCAAAGCGCCCAUCACCGACUUGGCCGUCAUCAACAGGUCGGCGGGAGAAACGGUCCCCGAGGGCUACACGUGCAUCGACAGCACCUACAGCGGCCAUCCAGCCAACCUUAAUCACGGCAGUCUGAAGAGCCCCGAGCUGUUCCUGUGCUACAAGAGAGGUCGGGGGAAGUCUCCUCUCAUUGACAUCGGUGUGCUGUACGAGGGUAAGGAGCGUCUGAUCCAGGGCUGCGAGGUCAUCCAGGCCACGCCGUACGGCCGCUGCGCCAACGUCAACAACAGCUCCGGCACCUCGCAGCGCAUCUUCAUCACGUUGCGCCGCGCGCCGCCCAUCCAGCCUCAGAACUCCCUCGCAGUGACGGACAUCUGCGUCAUUGUCACCAGUAAAGGGGAGAUACCGCCGCAUACCUUUUGCAAAGUGGAAAAGAACCUCAACUGCGGCAUGUGGGGCUCCAAUGUGUUCCUGUGUUACAAGAAAUCAGUGUCUGCGUCCAAUUCCAUCAGUUACAAAGCCGGUCUCAUCUUUCGUUACCCAGAAGAGGACUAUGAGUCUUUUCCUCUGUCGGAAUCAGUCCCUCUGUUUUGUUUGCCGAUGGGCGCCAAGAUCGAGUGUUGGGAUCCAAACACACGCGAUCCUCUGCCCGUCUUCUCCACGUUUGUCUUAACCAUCUCUUCUGGUGAAAAGGUGUACGGAUCAGCCAUCCAGUUCUACGAGCCGCAUCCCGUGGAUCAGUUGAGCGAGAAGCAGAAGAUCCAGCUGGGCCUGCUCACCACCGUGGAGAAGAAGGUGAUCCCCAACCGGCCCGUGAACAGCAAUAAAUGCAUCUGCCUGCUCUCCCGCUGGCCCUUCUUUGAGUCCUUCCGCAAGUUCCUGAUGUUCCUCUACAAGCUCUCCGUCUCCGGCCCUCAACCGCUGCCUAUUGAAAAGCACAUCUCACACUUCAUGCACAAUGUGUCAUUUCCUUCCCCUCAAAGGCCAAGAAUAUUAGUCCAGCUCUCGGCACAUGACAACUUGAUCCUCUCCCAGCCUGUGUGUACACCCUUGCCGCUCAGCGGGGCGGACUACGGCACUCUGCUGAUGAACCUGGGCUCGGAGAACUGCGCCACGCUGCUGCACUUUGUCCUGCUGGAGAGCAAGAUCCUGCUGCACUCCCUCCGGCCCGCCGUGCUCACCGGAGUGGCCGAGGCUGUGGUGGCUAUGAUCUUCCCCUUUCAGUGGCAGUGUCCCUACAUCCCCCUGUGCCCACUUUCCCUCGCAGGCGUCCUCAAUGCUCCGUGUCCGUUUAUCGUGGGCGUGGACUCCCGCUACUUCGACCUUUACGACCCCCCGCCAGAUGUCGUCUGUGUGGAUCUGGACACCAACACUAUCUAUCUUUCUGACGAAAAGAGACACAGCAACUGGAAGAACCUGCCAAAGAAGCCCGGCAAGAGUCUCAUUAACGCACUGAGCAACUUGCACCACCAGCUGGCCACCGUUUCAGUACCUCAAAUAGAACAGGAAAACUCUGCAGUGGACAUGACCCCCAUAGAGGCGGACUUCACCUGGCACAAGAAGAAGACUUCCCUGGAGAUGGAAAUCCAGGAGGCCUUCCUUCGCUUCAUGGCCACCAUCCUGAGAGGCUACCGCAACUACCUCAAGCCCAUCACCCAGGAGCCUUCCGAAAAGGCCACAGCUGCAGACUCCCUCUACGACCUGCAAGGGCUUCUCAAAAGCAGAGACCGAGCCCACCAGAAGUUCUACUCCCAGCUCACCAAGACUCAGAUAUUCAUCCGCUUCAUUGAGGAGUGCACCUUUGUCAGUGACAAGGACACCGGGCUGGCCUUUUUUGACGACUGUGUCGAGAAGCUUUUUCCCUCUGAUAAAAUCACCGACAAGGGCACCAAGGUUGAAGGCGAGUCGUCCGAGGACACGAGACUGUUGGAGCUGGACGAGUCCCAGAAGAGCGAACACACUGUUUUUGUCAUGCCCCCUGAGCCUCCAGUUGGCGAUGGAACGGAACCUGCCACCAGAUACACCUAUAAAAGUUUCCCCCGGCUGCAUACGGAGCUGUUCGACCGUCCUCGGGAGUUCCGCCCAGUGCUCAGCAGCAGACCACCCGGGGCCAGUCUACUACUGGCUAAGAGGACGAAGCAGGAGAUCAAGCUGGCGUAUAAGAUGGCGAAGCAUUUCCACUCCAACCCUCCGCUGUGGGCCCGCUGCCUGUUCAGUCACUGCUACAGCCUGUGGUUCAUCUGCCUGCCAGCAGCUGUGCGACUCUCCAAGUCUAAAAGCCGUGCCAUGCUGCAGGCGUACAACGUCCUCCUGAAGAUGAGGACCACUGAGGUGGAGGUGCUGGAUGAGGUGUGUUACAGAGUGGUGAUGCAGCUCUGUGGCGUGUGGGGUCUUCCUGUCAUGGCCGUGCGAAUCCUGGUUGAGAUGAAGAAAGCUGGAGUGCAUCCAAACGCCAUCACAUAUGGAUACUACAACAAGGCCGUCUUAGAGAGCCCAUGGCCGAGCACUAACCGCAGUGGCCUCUUUAUGUGGACCAAGCUCCGUAAUGUGCUUCGUGGAGUGGCCCAGUUCAAGCACGCUCUAGACCGAACACCUUCCAAGAAGGAACCCACCACAGCGCCAUCAAUCGGUGGGUCAGCAGUCACUGACGCUGACCGCUUGAGUCAUGGAAGUGCUGACAGCUCAAGUGAAGUCAACGGUGAGGAACACAACCUAUUUGCCCACAGCCGCGGCAUGGGAGACACGGCAGACAACCACUGUGGCACAGGGCGGCAGUCUGACCAAGGCUACGGCUCCAAGGAUGAGUUACACCAGGAGCUGAUGGAGCCCUCGCAUUCAGCUGUCCUGUCCACGGAGGGGAGAAACAAUCCCAGAGCCCAGCAUAACGGUUUAAAACCAGGAGGAGACGUUGCUGGCUCGGUGGACAGUGCUGUAGCAGUAGCAGAGCCCCCCAGUCCUGUUGAUGUCCCCUCGCCUGUGCCCAGCAUUGUGAAACUGUCGGGGAGCGUUGAUAGCGGCAGGGAAACGGGUACAGGGAAGCUGUUCAGGAGACACAGCAAGACCGAUAACGUGUCUCUCCCUGAAGACGAUGCCUCGCUGCCCCCAGGGGACGGAGCCAACCAGCCUCAACAGCAGCGGCAGAAGUCCUUCGCUGAGCGCAGCUGUAGCUUCAGCGCUGAAACCCGUGACAGGAUGCUCCUAGAGAAAGGCGUGGACCACAUGGCCAGUCAGAUGGGUGCUGAUGCCCGGAUCCUGGCUGCAGCGCUCUGUACAGGCCUAAGUCCAUCCCCUAAUAGUGUGUCCAAAUCACUUUUUAAAGACCUGGAGGAAGAGCCGGAAGACGAUCCGGGCUUGACAUUAGGGAAGCUGCCAGAGGAAGAGGGAGCAGCAGCAGGAGCAGCAACAGCAGCAGAAGAAGAAGGGAAGGGAGAGGAUGAAGAGGUAGACGGGACUGAGUUCAAAAUGGGGAAACGAGAGAGGAAGCAGACUGAAACAAGCGAGGAGGACCCUGGGUUGCGAGUGCCGACCCUGGAGAGGGCGGACGUGGAGGUGGGCGCUGACCCACUUUCCCUCCUGGUGACCGAGAGCGACGAGUCGGCCUCCGUCAGCAGCCUGGAGCCGCCGCGCUCCAUGCCUGCUGUGGUGUCCCGCAACCUGGCCGAGGAGAUCGAAAUGUACAUGAGCCUGAGGAGCCCCCUGAGCGUGAAGUCUUCCAGCAUGGAGCUCCAGCAGGCCCAGGGAGACUCCGCCGACCCCCCACAGCCCAAGCAGUCUCUGGAGCGCAGGGCUAGCCUCCCUGUGCCUCCUGUCAAAACUCCAACUGGCUCCCCAGGCGACACACCCAAACGCAGCCCCACCACUGUUACUCGCUCCAAGACUUUCGCAGCGAAGACGAAGACCCCCAGCAGCGCAACACGUAGCCCGGGUCCUAGAUCGGCCUCGCUGACGGCGCUGGUCAAGUCCUCCCAGGGAGGGUCGUUGGGCUCAGUCAUCAACUCCAUUUCAGCCAUCAAGAUGGACCACCUCUUGUCGGGACCUAAGAUAGAUGUGCUUAAAUCGAGCAUGAAACAGGCGGCAAAUGUGGCCAGCAAAGUGUGGGGAGCAGUUGCUUCAGCCUACUCCUACUCGGAUGACGAGGAAGACCAAGCUCAGGGUGGCGGCGGCUUCCCAUCCCAUCUGGAUGAGCACACGCUGGCUGCAGAUGAGAGCCCCGAGAGAGGAGCCAUCCCAGGGUUGGUGGCCAACGGUCUCAACCAGAGCUGCACCAGCCUGGGCAGCAGCAGUGGCAGCAGCGACACGGGCCGAGGGACCCACCAGACACAUCCAACUCCUGGACGAGCAGCCAGGGGUCCAGACUCCGAGCACGGCUCUUUACAUCACGCUUCCUCCUCGAGCAUUUACCAGAACUGUGCGUUGGAGGUGCUGAUGUCCAGCUGCUCCCAGUGCCGCUCUUGUGAAGCGCUGGUGUACGAUGAGGAGAUCAUGGCAGGCUGGACAGCUGACGACUCCAACCUGAAUAGCGACUGUCCCUUCUGUCGCGCGGCCUUUCUUCCCUUAUUGCACGUCGAGUUUCACGACUUGCGAACUAUGACCGGGUUUUACAUCAAUCCCAGUGCCUCAGGAGACAGUAUCCACAGCACCAGUACCCAGCCCAUAGCCAGCAGCUCAGCUGACAUUAAGACACCAGAACUUAUCACUUUCCCUGAAGAGGAACCUCGGGAGACUCCAGACAACCUGCCUGUUGCACAUAAGAGUCUUAUUCCAGAGCCGGCGCAAUCGGACCCCUUAGGUCUCCUGGAGCACCAGGCAGCGGGGAAGCAGCGGAGCUCCAGUGGGACGUCACUGACGCGCAGCAACAGUGUCGGUGGCCCGCUGCAGAGCCUGGACUACUCCCAGAGACCUGGACAUGGCGUCUCCACCACCAGCCUGCCCUGCAGCCUGCAAGCGGUGUCGGAUGGCAUGGGGACCAAAAGGCCGAACCCCAAGCCUGUGUCCGUACCGUACCUCAGCCCCUUGGUACUGCGCAAGGAGCUGGAGACCCUGUUGGAGAACGAGGGAGAUCAGGUGAUCUACACCCACAAGUUCCUCAGCCAGCACCCCAUCAUCUUCUGGAACCUGGUUUGGUAUUUCCGUCGCCUGGACCUUCCCACUCACCUACCUGGCCUCAUUCUUACCUCUGAACACUGCAACAAUGGAGUACAGCUUCCCCUGACGUCACUGUCCCAGGACAGUAAGCAGGUCUACGUCCAGCUCCUGUGGGACAACAUCAAUCUACACCAGGAACAUGGAGAGCCCCUCUACCUGUCCUGGAGGACCUUGUUGGAGAAGAAGGGGAUGCUGGCUCCCACAGACCACCAGGAGAUUCGUACCCUCCUCAACACGAUUGUUCGCAACAUCCAGACCAACGACAUCUACGGGCCAAUCAACCUGUUGAUCCGAGAGAUCAAGCAGCGCCCAGAGGGCGUCAAAAGGCAAAGGAGUAUCUAUAGAGAAAUAUUGUUCCUCUCACUGGUGGCACUGGGGAAGGAGAACAUCGACGUGGAGGCCUUCGACAGGGAGUACCGCUUGGCUUACGACGAACUGAGCGCCGAGCAGCUCAAGUCCUUGCACCGCAUCGAUGAACCGCCCAGCCCCAAUGUCCAGUGGUGCCUUAAAUGCUUCGGGACCCCCGUCAUCUGACCACACACACACACACACACACACACACACAUACCCGCGGCAAAGAGGGAAAAUCUGACUGGUCGAGUGCGACAGCAGACGGGACGUCCCGGGUGGCGGGCCGGAGUGUAAGCGCAAAAUGAUGGCGUAUUUAAAUGCCUCCAUUCGCCCAAACAAGGCACUUCUUCUUGCCCUUGUCUUGGAAGAUGCCCAUAGUCUGCUUUACAAACCUAUGAUGCUUUUCAGAGGCUUUUUCCAAGCGGCUACUUUACAGGACGGACUGUUUCUGUAAAUGACUUGGAGAGCUCCAGUGAAACUUUCGGGACUAGUUGAGGUGUGCUUCUUUACAGCUGGUGUAUAGAAUGAUAAAUCACUGUACAGAAUAUAGCGACUGCCCCUGUUAUGUGUGCGUGCAUGCGUGCAUGCGUGCGUGCGUGCGUGCGUGCGCGUGCGUGUGUGUGUGUGUGUGUGUGUGUGUGUGUGUGUGUGUGUGUGUGUGUGUGGUAAGUUCCCUGUCUUGUAGCCUUUUGCCCACGUUGCCUAAACUUGUCCCAACUGUCUCCCCAUUAGAUCAGUCUAAGUUUCUUUAAGACUGUGUACGUCCCCUGACUGUUCGCUUGUGCACUUUCUGAAAAAGAUAUCAAGAAAUAACUUUUUGUACAUAAUGUUUACUUCGGGGUUGGGGAGGAGGGGCGGGGGGAGUUAUGAAAACAAAAACAGCGUUUGCCUCGAUGCCUUGACUGUUUGUGUGAUCCGAGUCUUAAUGAAUGUUCAAGUUUUGUCUUAUUGAAAAUGUACAGCUUCAGAGCCCCUCUGUCUGUGUAAAUAUGCAUCGGAAGCUAAACGGGAGAGGACUGAGGACAAUCACUAAUUAUCGAUCACUAAAACCGAUUCUGCAACAUUCCAGAUGCCUUGCAAUCAAAACAGGUCUUAACGAAGUAUUAUUGAUCUCUGCAGCAACAGAUUAAAAUCAGCCGAUUGGAGCGCAUUUGACGGGUCACGACCGAUACCCACACUUUAAAACAGAGACGUGUGUUCUCUUGGAGGGACAGACGGCUCGGUGACCGAGCGUUCAAUCCAACUUGUGUUUUUAAUAUCUGCAUCUUUUAAUCGAUAAUAUACGUUACUUGUUCAGCUAAUACGCCUUAUUGUAAUGUUGAAUUAGAACUGUAACUCUCAAGUACUGGGGCUACUCCUUAAUCCAGCAUAGAAUGAACCAGUUUAUUAUUAUGUUUUAAUUGGGUAUACUACUUGCAGACAUGAUUGCUGGUAUGGUUUACACACAGGAGCUUUGGAUGUUCGUGGUAGCAUUUAGAGCGUUAUGCUGCAAGGGGGGCUUCCUCAGUACGGCUGACACUGUUAAGAAAGGAACAAUCUUCCAACACGACAUUCCAUGAAUGCGGAAAACCGCACGGAGGAGAGAGCCGAGUGCUCCGAUGAACUGCUGGGGAAGUGGGUGGAGAUGGUCCUAGUGUAGACCUGGGAGACUGGCUUUGUACAGAAGCGGCGCGAUCGUGAAAUAUUCAAUUUGCGCUGUAUCAAUAACAACCUGACCUUGACCCAGGGUGAGGAUGAGAUGAGACCACGUGAAAAAGAAGAAAUCAAAACGUAACAUACAGUAGUUUUCUGCUCCAAAACUAAAAUUCUCACUUAUUUAUUUUUGUAUCAUUGACAUUUGGAUUGCAGACAGUGUAACAUUGUUAUGACUAACAACCUUCCCUUCGCCUUUUAAUCCGUCUUAAGGGAUCCCAUCCUGUACUGAUUUUGUAAAUCUGACCUCCAUAUGGCAGAGGAUGUACAGAAGAGACUGUUCUGUAACAAUAGAUUAAGUGACCUUUUACCGUCCUGUGGAAAGGAACUGAAUGUCGACACUUGUGUGUGCUGCAAUAAACGAGUUUAUGAAUUGAUUGAAAACCAAA